CCUCACCCCGCCCCCCCCUCCGUCGUUAAACGAGACUUGGUACCGAACGCGUCUUUUUUUUUUUUCUUCUUUUUAACCACGCCGGGGGUUCGGAUCGACGUCCAAAAAGGCUUGAUUCGGGCACAAGAUGUUUGGCUUCCACAAGCCGAAGAUGUACCGGAGCAUAGACGGCUGCUGCAUCUGCAGGGCCAAGUCCUCCAGCUCUCGCUUCACCGACAGCAAGAGAUACGAGAGGGAUUUCAAGAGUUGUUUCGGGCUGGGCGAGAUGCGCUGCGGGGACAUCUGCAACGCCUGUGUCCUGUUGGUCAAGAGAUGGAAAAAGCUCCCAGCGGGGUCAAAGAAGAACUGGAACCACGUGGUGGAUGCAAAAGGCAGUUCGAGCCUCAAGGCCACGAUGAAGACCAAGAAGAUGAAGAAAAAGGCCAGACCCAACCAGAUCAGCCUUGUGCAGAACAAACUCAAGAGAAUCUACUCUGACGCUCACAGCACCACCUCCAGUGCCUCGCCAGCGCAGUCCCCCAGCUACAGCAACCAAUCAGACGAGGGCUCAGACAGCGAGCUUUCACCUGGCUCCUCCCGCUCUCCAGCCUUCUCUUUCCUGGACCUUACCUACUGGAAAAGACAAAAGGUGUGCUGUGGGAUCAUCUACAAGGGCCGCUACGGCGAAGUGAUCAUCGACCCACACCUGUACAAGCCCUGCUGCCAGAGGAAACAAAAAGUAGAUGAAGAAGAGGACGAAGAAGAGGAGGAGGAGGAGGAGGUGGUUGGGGGGGAGGAGGAAGAAGAAAGGCGAGGGAAUGGAGAGGACGCAGCGAGCGUCCCGGCGCAGGGUAGCUCACAGUCCCCCAAGGAGAAACAGGAGGAGGAGCAGGAGGAGGAGGAGGGCAAAGCGGAGCAGGGAGGGCAGGAGUGGUGAUGUCACGACAGGGUCGCCGUCGUCUUCCUGGUUGGAGGGACGCUCUGUUCCAGCCGCCGGGCCACAAAACUCUACCAAACUUGUCACGUGCACGUGGUCCCACCCAGACCCCGGCCGGGUUUUUAGUCCCUCACAAGCUGCUGCAACCGUUUGUUCUUGUUUGUUUCACGUAAAGGUUUUUGUGGACUCUCCUUAUUUAUCUGACGUCACAUGAACUGACCUUCCACCCCAGGAGCCCCGUCGCCCCAUCCUCGUCUCAGAGAAAUACCACAUUCUACCUUGUUGUAAAUACUUUCUUUCCGCUCUCUGUCUGAAAUGCUGGGCGGACAGACGCUGCACGGAAACCUUGAGACCUCCGGAUUGACCCUUUACUUCUAGGAUGGAGCCAUAAAGCUACAACCCAGCCUUCCAAACUCACUGCCUUCCCCUUCCUCUCGGCUCUACGCCCGUGAAACAUGACGACCUUCGUCCUUUUUCCAUGCCGGCUUUCCCUCCUGUAUAAAUUGAACAGGUUUUUUUUUAUUAUUGUUAUUAUUAUUGUUGUCGUUUGUUUUUGUCAUGACAAUCCAAGAUGUCUGGGAGAGAGCAUUGACAGUUAUGAUUUUUUUUCCGUUGCGUUGUCCCACAUGGCUGAAAAUGUGGCCGCCGGCAUCUUCAGACAGUCGAAGUUUCCUAAAGUCAUCUGUCGCGCUCGUGUCCUUUUUUUUUUUGUUUUGAAACUGUAAAAUAAUGAAGAGAGAAAAAAAACAAAAAAACAUGAAUUUGAACCACUGAUGGUGACAAUAAAUAAAUUCACAGUGCACGGAAAGCACAAAGUUAAUCAGGGAGACUUCUGAUUCUGAGCACUCGUCCAGAUCCAGCUGUGAUCUGAAACCUUCAGAUGAACCAUUAUAAGCUAAAACUGAAGCCGCGGGGCAGAGCGGUGGCGACGACAUGAGUCGAAAUCCACGCCGGGCAGCUGUAAUGACGCGCCGCAGGGGCGUUUCGUCCUCGGCCUCUUCGGUCGUGUCGGAUGGGGGCUCGGUAGCUAUUUAUACCCCCCCGUUGAUGUCAGAGAGCCUCCUUCCACCGACCGAGAAGCCGGCGAGUGGUCCCUCCCUCUCCCCGAUGUUUCGCAGUCGUUUUCGUAUGAGGCCUUCCAAGGAAUGUUGAUUCAGAUUCAGGGGCCGUUGUGCAGAACUCGCUUACACAAAGCUAGGAGUGUUUUGCAUGGGAUUGCAUGUGCUUUCAACAUAAUAUUUUUGUCUAGAUUUGCCUGGAUGGGAUCUUGUACAGCUCGGGUAUAUUUUUGUAUAUAAAUGAAUAAAGGAGAAAAAAAAAAAGGUAACCGUUAGAUCGCUGACUUUCGAAUCCUCUCGCUUUGUACCGUGUCCUAAAACUGUAGUUGUCAAGUCAUUGAAUCUUGCUGUUCUGGCAGAGCAGGGCAGAUCUGCACCCUCCCUAUUGUGUUCAGUGCACUUUGAACGGGACGGCCAGGCUCGUGGUGGCCUGUCAGAUUUCAGGAUAAGCUUUCAUUGCAGUGACAGACCACUGUCGUUCCUUCAGCGUUUAUUUGCUGGAAAGGUUUGGCUCUGUUAGCGCGGUCGCCUCACAGAAAGAAGGUCCCGGGUUCGAGCCCCGGGGUAGUCCAACCUUGGGGGUCGUCCCGGGUCGUCCUCUGUGUGGAGUUUGCAUGUUCUCCCCGUGUCUGUGUGGGUUUCCUCCGGGCGCUCCGGUUUCCUCCCACAGUCCAAAGACAUGUAGGUCAGGUGACUCGGCCGUACUAAAUUGUCCCUAGCUGUGUGUGUGUGGGCCCUGUGAUGGCCCGGCGGCCUGUCCAGGGUGUCUCCCCGCCUGCCGCCCAGUGACUGCUGGGAUAGGCUCCAGCACCCCCGUGACCCUUAGCAGGAUAAGCGGUUUGGAUAACGGAUGGAUGUGUCCCGAACUGUUAUUCAUUCAAAAGACGAGACGAAAUUGGAUGCAGUUGUGUGACCUACAGUAUGGAGCUUUUUUUUUGUACUUUUUGUCUGGCACAGGAUGGCGCCGAUGAGUCAAAUUAUGC